CUGCUUAAGCCUAUCCCCACCCCGGCCAGCUGAUCUGCAUUCUGCAUUCCCUCUCCUGUAAAUGAAGAAACUGUGAAAAGACUGACACUUUUCUGAAGCUGACGCUUGGCAUUUUGGAAAAAUGAUUCCGCACAACUUCAACAACCAGGGGGGAGGGGGAAGGGGGAGGGGAAGGGGACAACCGAAUCAAGGUAUCAAUUGGGACACUGUUGCUACAGUUGCUGCCGGUGCUGCCGCUUUGGGUGGGACCAUCUAUUUGGCAAACAGAUAUUUUAAUAGUGGAGAGAAUGAGCCCCAAACCACUUCAGCGUCUACUGCACAAGCAGAGCGGCCAAGUUCAAGUUCAAACUUCGGGUUUUUGGAUCCUCGCAGACUACUGUUUUGGGAAAAUGUGGAACAACUGCAAAACGAGGAGGUGGCUUGCAUCAAGCAGACACUUGCUGCUGGUGGGCAGAUGGAAUCUGGUGCUCAACUUGCUCAACCUGAAAGCCUGGUUAGAAAAUUUAGACAUCCAUACAACAAAUUUGAUGAAUGGUUUGAGAAUUUGUUAAAAGACUCACUGAAAAUUGACAGACAUGACAAAAUCAUUUACGAAGCAACCUUCAAGGAACUUUUAGAUACCCUCAUACCUGCUAUGAAAAGAGCUGACCCCCUAUUCAACUUUCUAUACAGGGAACACAGACCAGCAGGAAGUACAUGGGAAAAUCUUCGAAUAUGUAAUCAAGAUGAAUUUGAUGUGAAUGUACUGCUUUUUCCCCCUGAUGUCCAAGCGGAUGUGAAGGUGGUUGACCUCAAUAGUGGGCAUAUCGGAGUGGUUUUACCACGAGGGUUCACAGCAGUUAAGACAGCUUCGGUGGUCAAAAAAUGUAAAGUUGAGAACGAUUUAACAGCAGAGCGGCAGGUUUCGCACAUUACUAAAAAACUAAAACAAUGGUUAGAUGUUGAUGGUUUUAUUAUGCGAUCAGAAGUACUUAAGUGGAUGACAAGUGUAGUUGAUACUGCUUUAAAUGAAAUUGAGAACAAGCAAUGGGAAAAUUUGAGGAGAGUUGCACGUUCGUGGUCAGGGCCUGCAAUUACUAUCAAUGUUACUAUGAACAAUGGUAAAACAUUGUCAGUAGAUCUUGUCCCAGCACUUGAAUUUUCUCUCAAACUUCUCCCUGAAAAAAUACGAGCUACAGUUAAUAAACACCCAUCUAAGGGUGGAGUAGAACGAAAGUGGUAUGCUAUUCCUAAAGGAUCAAAAAAUUCCUCUGAUGAAGAGUGGCGCACAAGUCUGUAUGAAAUAGAGAGGGACUUAAUGAGUGGAAAGACUCAUGUGAAACCAUCCAUAAGGAUUAUGAAGAAAUUACGUGAUACAAUGGAAUGGAAAGGACUCUCCAGCUAUUACAUAAAGACCAUGUUUAUGUGGAUGAUGCAAUCCUGUGAUCUGGAAGGCAAGGGUCUUGGUCAGAUGAUAAUGAAAGCAUUAGAAAUUUUAGAAGAGCACAUGAGGGAAGGCAGGAUCAAGUACUACUGGGAUGAUAGUCUAAAUUUAUUGGACAAUGUUGACAAUCCAAUAUUCUUCAGAAAUGUUUCAAAUUGCAUUAAGCACAUUCUAAAGAAAUUUCAGAGGAGUCUAGAAGAUGAUUCUGUUGAUCCAAUGGUUUACUUUGGAUGCCGAAAAAGUCUCCGUUAUUUUCCUGAAUGUGGGAUGGACAGAUCCAACUCUUGGCCUGUAGGCCAAGAGGAUAGGAUUCCUCAGGAAAACACAGCAGACGAAAGUUGUCACAUCUCAUGAAGACUGUUCAUGAAUGCCAAUAAUUAUUGGCGAUGAAACCCAGCCAGCGAAUUUCAUCAAAACUUUGACAUUAUUGCAUGCAUGUGUAUGUUUUUUGACAUCAGAUCAUUGACAAAAUACUGAUAUAAACUUAUCAUUAUUACAAUUAUACUACAUAUUGUGUGUAGUUAUUGUGUUUUACAAAUAAAUUUUUAAAUUUUUUAUCAAUUUAAAUAAAUAAAGUAUCAACUUUUUCAAAAA